AUACAUAUUUCACUCUAGGUCAAUCUCCCAAUGCACAUAUGUAAGCGGUAACAAACAGAUCGAACGAUUACAAUCAUCGAAAAUUCCCGGUACGUAAUCGGUAAAACGCUUCUGGGAAACAACCUUCAGACAUAAGCAGACGUGCUCAUGUGUUAGUGCACACAAACAGUUGUGUAUACACAUAUUGUCGAGUGACACAAAUUGGACACAUACAAACGUGCAGAAUAGCGCUACCACUUAGAAGCUGGAUAUAAAACGGAACUAGUAUUGCCUUCCUAUGGAUCAUAUCGGAAGAGGACAGAUUACAAAUUUAACUGAUUUUCUUCAUCGAUUGUCUGAUUGCGUCAAAAACGGACGUAGCAAUAACACCAUCAACAAGACGCAAUGUCAAGCAAUAAAGGAAAAUCUGAACAGAAUGGUAACAAAAACAGGUGCAGACACAAACGAAGUGUCCACUAUUAGAUUAGUUUUAAAUCAUGCUGAGAAUGGAAGAUUGGAAAACCUGACAACCGAAAAUAUAGAGAAAGCACUGGAUGAAAAUAGAUGUCUCAUGUCUUACUCUACACACGGGAAGCAUGAAAGAGACAACCGUAAACAACAAAGUAUUACGACAGGUCAACAACAUGUUGUCCCUACCAUGACAAAUGAACAAGAACAUCAACAAAGGCAACAACAGUACAACCACCAACGACAAGAACAACAACAGGAAAUGAUGAAAAGGGACCGCCAUGAGGACCACAUGAUGGGAAGGUCUGUAAACAGGGGAAAACCAGACCAUUACAUGGAGAAGGAAGAAAUGGCAAGGGAGAUAUACGAAUUAAAAAUGAGGCUCAGCAGUAUGGCUGGCGACAAGCUUAAGGAUGGAAACCCCUCUUUGGCAGACCUAAACGACCCAAACAGACCAACUAGUAUUGCCGAACAAUAUCGCGAACUGUACGAUAACGGUUGGACGAACGCGCUAGAGGAACUAACAAAAGACAAAAUUACAGACAAACAGGCGAUUUUGGAGCUUGGGAACAUCCUCCAGCAAUCAUAUGAAAUGACAAGGCGUCUUUCUAAUGAAUCAACAAAUGCCAUGACAGAUGUGAUCAAAGCAAGUUUAUCUAAUAUUGGUAACCAACACCAAAUUACACGGACUAGCGGAAGUGGAAAAGAGACCACCAGGUCAAUUACUGGACAUGUCAUGGCGAUUAAAAGGGAAAAUGUGGAAAUGUCCAUACCAUCUGUUCAGAACCACUGCAUGGAGCAGCUUCAUGUAAACCGACGCCAGAGGUUUCCUACAUACGUAGACGGCUACGCAAAGCAAUGUGCCCGUCUAACCUGGUUGAUGAACAUACAAGAUCCUCCUUUGGUUCUAAAGUGGGCCAAAGAGGGAGAGCGAUUCGAUUCGCAGUACUUCAAUGAGUUUACGAGAUCGGGUACUAUAGUGGAAUUCACUUCAUGGCCAGCCCUUUUGAUCCAUGAAAAUGGCGCAAUACUUGCAAAAGGCACUGUGCAACCGAGAAAAAAGUAACAAUAUACUAGCAGCCAGGAUUUAAGACAGAAAUGAUGUUAUGACGCACUUUUUUAUGUAAAGCUAUUUUUUUUUUUAUUUUUGGUACAUAUAACUUAUUUUUUUAACUAAUGCCUACGGUACACAUGUUUUCACAAUGUGUACAUUCGAAGCCUUACCUAAUUAUUCUGCGACUCAAUUAUAUGACAAAACAUUAAUUCGUCCAUAACGGCGGUUGAGACGGUUUAUAUUGUCCGAAUUUGUGUCAGUGCUUGCUUUGUCCGCCAACAACAUUUGUCUAUAAUAUAUAUAUAUAUAUACGUAUAUAUGCGCCGGCUAGCAGGUUGAAGUACAAUAUCAUGGUUAUCAAGUGGUAGUGUACUAGAUUUACCGCACACUGCCAUUAACUAGACAUGUUUUGUUUUUAAUUUUUGCUUUGCCAAAUAAAUAUACGAAAACAUA